GCCCUUAAAUGGUAGGUGGAACAUACAUCUCAUUUGUUCCACACAACUUGGGUCUUUUUAAGGAGGGCUUUGCCUGUGCUUUCAAAGCAUUCACAGAUUAAAAGAAGAAAACAUAAAUCUCAUUAGUUUCAAAGCCACUUCAUUGGGUGAAGAUUAUGAUGUCAAGUAAGAGGUCUCAUAAACUUCUACUUUUACAUUUUGCAAUAUUUUGUCUUCUUCUUCUUCAGGAGAACUGCACCGAAGCUAAUGUGAUAUUGUGCAAAGAGAGCGAGAGAAAAACGCUGCUUGAAUUUAAGCAAAGCCUUCAAGCUGUGGAUUCGUCAGGCAAUGACGUCCUUUCUUCAUGGAAAAGUAAGGAGUGCUGUGUUUGGGUGGGUGUCAGUUGCAAUAACCUUACAGGGUACGUGGAAAAGCUCGAUUUUAGAAGCAAAUUCAAGGAUGUAGCAGGUACAAUUAGCUCUUCAUUGCUUAAACUACACCACUUGCGUCUUUUAGAUCUCAGCUAUAAUGAUUUUAACGGAAGUGUCAUCCCUGAGUUUUUUGGUUCUUUGAAAAAACUAAGAUACCUGGAUCUCUCUAAUGCUAAUUUUGGAGGGUCAAUUCCUUCUAACUUAGGAAACCUUUCCAUGUUGGAGACUUUUAGAUUGGGUGGCAAUGGUGAAGGCCUGUUUUAUCGCCAUAAUAUAGGAAAUAUGUUUACUGUUGGAAAGCUUGAGUGGCUUUCCCAUCUAUCUUUUUUAAGAGGGCUGGACCUCAGUUUCGUCAGCCUCAGCAGUGCCGAUGAUUGGUCCCAAGUAAUUAACAAGCUUCCUUUCCUUGAAGAACUAUCUCUGAGUCAUUGUGAUCUUCCAAGCAUCUCUCCAUCUUUUUCCUUUACCAACUUUUCUACAUCUCUCACCUCUCUCGAUCUCUCCGGUAAUAGUCUCACUUCUUCUUCCAUAUACCAAUGGUUGUUUAAUGUUAGUAGCAACCUUGUUUCCCUUGACCUCUCAAUGAACCAGUUGAAAGGUCCAAUCCCAGAAGCUUUUGGGAACAUGAUUACCAUGCAAGAACUUUAUCUAAGCCAUAAUCAGCUUGAAGGUGAGAUAUUCAAAUCUUUUGGAAAUAUGUGUUCUUUGGCAUUUUUAGACAUGGAGUCCAACCAUCUUAGUACCUUUGGAAUAGUUCAGAACACAUCUUUAUCAUGCACAAGAUACUCGUUGAGAGAGUUGAGUUUAGCUCAUAAUCAACUCAAAGGCAACUCUGUGCUCAAUGAAAUCACAAAACUACCAUCCUUGUCAGUACUAGAUCUUGGGUACAACCUUUUAAAUGGAACCAUAAAGGAAAGCAUUGGGCAACUACCAAACCUCAAAGUCUUACGGCUUGCAGGGAAUGCUUUUGAUAAUGUUGUGAUUUCCGAAGCUCAUUUCUCAAAUCUUACCAAGUUACGUAGUUUGGACUUAUCCUACAGCUAUCUGACUUUGAAAAUAAGCUCAGGAUGGAGCCCUCCUUUUCAACUCGGCUUUAUGCUACUUUGCUCUUGCAAGAUAGGGCCUCGUUUCCCAAUUUGGCUUCGGACUCAAACUGCACUUGUAUUCCUUGAUAUUUCUGCUUCAGAAAUUUCGGAUUCUCUUCCCGAUUGGUUCUGGAACUCAGUUGAUAGUUUGGUGUACUUAAACAUGUCUUUCAAUCAGAUCAAUGGUACUUUGCCACAUGAACUUCGUUACAAAAGGCAUUUAGAUCUAAGUUCUAAUAAUUUCACAGGUCCAUUGCCAAUGUCUCUGUAUUCUUUGUGGUCCUUAAACCUUUCUAAAAACAAGUUUACUGGUUCAGUCUCUGCAAUUUGCAAUAUUAUGGAAAAAUGGAGUUUGUAUUUGCUCGAUCUUUCAUAUAAUGUAUUUUCUAGAGAGGUUCCUGGUUGUAUUGCAGAAUUCGUGAGAUUGAAAGUUUUGAAUUUGGCAGACAACAGUUUGUCAGGCCCAGUUCCAAGCUCCUUAGGAUCAUUGGCUUCUCUUGAAAUGCUCAGUUUACGUGGUAAUAAAUUCUCAGGAGAAUUACCUUUAUCUUUACACAAUUGUAAAAUGUUAAAGUUUCUGGAUUUGAGUAAUAAUGAAUUAUCAGGUGAAAUACCUAAGUGGAUCGGCCAAAGUUUAUCAUCAUUGGUUUUUCUUAGCCUUCGAAGGAAUCAAUUUAAAAGAAAGAUGCCCCAUCAACUUUGUGGAUUAAAGUAUGUGCAAAUUUUGGACCUCUCUCUAAAUAAUAUCUCUGGUUCCCUUCCAUCAUGUUUCAAUAAUUUCACUUCCAUGGCUCAAAAACUGAGUUUAGAUCAAAGGAUUGAGCAUGUGUUUAGAAAGUUUUUUGUGAUUCCCUUUGAUCCCAAGUAUGUUGAUGAGGCAUUGCUUACAUGGAAAGGAACCAAGCAAAGGUAUGCAAAAAUUCUUGGGCUGUUACUUGCCAUUGAUCUCUCUUGCAACAAAUUAACAGGAGAGAUUCCUGAAGAACUAACUAAUCUUCAACAACUGAUUGCAUUGAACUUGUCAAGAAACUCUUUGAUCGGAAAAAUCCCUCAAAAGAUUGGGCAGCUAAGACAACUAGAAGUGCUUGAUCUCUCAAGAAACAAAUUUUCAAGCAACAUCCCAACAAGCUUGUCAGAGUUAACAUUUCUGAGUACCUUGGAUUUGUCCUAUAAUUACUUGUCUGGAAAAAUACCAACAGGUAGACAACUACAGCUCUUUGAUCCUUCAUCAUAUUCCCAUAAUCAAGGACUUUGUGGUCCACCAGUUUCACCAGAUUGCUCAAUGGUCGAGCCACCACAAGUUGAACAUACAAGAGAAGGUGAAGAAGAUUCUAUUAAUGAGUUCAUGAAAUGGUUUUACACCGGUACGGGACUUGGAUUUGCUGUGGGUUUUUGGGGAUUUUGCAGUGUUGUGUUCUUCAAGCGUUCAUGGAGGCAUUCAUAUUAUCGCUUUUUGGAUAAUACGAAGGAUUGGCUUUAUGUAUCAUUUAUUCUGAUGAAAACAAGCUUGAUGAAGAGAAUCAAAGCUCUUCCAACAAGUUGCAGAAGGUCUGGUUAGAACUACAACUGCAAGUGAUCUCUCCUACAUGUGAAAAGUUCUUAAUAAAUAAAUUUCAAAAGUGUGUUCAUCAAUUUGAUGCUUUUUAAUUUCUCUGUAUUAAAAAUAGUGUGUAAUGGUUUUCUUUUUGUUCUUUCUUGUAAUGUAUACAUGGAAUAGUAUAUAUUUAAUAUUUGGCUUGUAGUUAUUUUUGUUUAUUUGGUUUAUAUCAAUGACAAAUGUGUGUUUGUGGACUAACUA